AUGGAAAAACUGCAAGAACUAGAAUUAGCAUUGGAUGAAAUAAAAUGGGACAUAAUUGGUAUUAGCGAAGUGAGAAGAUUUGGGGAAAGAAUUGAAGACCAUGAAAAAUACGUAUUACACCAUAUAGAGGAGACGCCCGGAUUAUACGGAGUCGGAUUUAUCGUUAAAAAAGACCUCGCCAAAAACAUACUGGAAUUAAGAGGGAUUUCAGAACGCAUUGCUUUUUUCAACAUUCAGUUAUCUGUAGAUGGAGAGGAAGAACAAUUAUGGUCUAUAACCCAGGCGUAUUCGCCUACCGAAUCAAAUAGAAGAGAAGACAUACUAAAAAUCGAAAAAUUCUACGAAGACCUGCAAUCCACUGCUGCAAAUACAUCCAAAAACAUAAAAUUCAUGGGUGAUUUUAGUGGACAGAUUGGUAAACAAAAAAGUGGAGAAGAAUAUACCAUAGGAAAUCACGGAUUCGGGAAUAGAAGUAAAAACGGCUCACGAUUGGUAUCCUUUGCUAUUGAAAAUAAAUUUAGCAUCCUAAACAGUUUUUACAAAAAGAAACCAUCAAAGAAAUGGACAUGGAUUUCUCCUAAUGGCCAAUAUAAAAAUGAGAUUGAUUAUGUUAUGUCUAACAAUGCAAAAGUUUUUAAAGAGUUGUCUAUUUCAAGCAAUUUUAAUUUUAAGUCAGAUCAUAGAAUGGUUAGAGCAAAACUCUCAAGUACACAUGCCAAAAGAGCACGAAAACUUAACAACAGCAUGAAAGUCUUCGAGUGCACCGGUAGUACUGAUUUACUUCUGAAUAACCUCAAGAUAUCCUUGCAUGAUGGUGAAAAAGAAUGUAUAUCGACCUAA